AACCUCCUUGAGGAAAAUGCGCGCGAAGUGACGCGACACGCGCCGCUCUACAAGUGCUCUGACUAUCUUCUACGAACAGCGCGAGAAGUGGGGCGCGAAAACGACUAGCCCUUUCGAGGGGACAAACAUGACUGUGGUGCCCGGGGAGAACCUCGACGAGACUGUGGCAUUGGUAGCCCUGUCCCAAGAUGUUUACGACCCUGAACGGGCAGACCAGGAGUGCUGCGAGCGGGUGGUUAUCAACAUCUCCGGCUUGCGCUUCGAAACCCAAUUAAAAACACUGGCUCAGUUCCCUGCCACCUUACUCGGUGACCCCAGGAAAAGAAUGCGCUUCUUCGACCCUCUGAGGAACGAGUACUUCUUUGACAGGAACCGAACGAGCUUUGAUGCCAUCCUCUACUACUAUCAGUCUGGAGGCAGGCUGAGGAGACCCGUCAAUGUUCCUGUGGACAUCUUUAUGGAGGAGAUUAAAUUCUACGAGUUAGGAGAAGAAGUCAUUGAGAAUUUUAAGGAGGACGAGGGUUUCAUCAAGGAGGAAGAGCGACCUUUGCCCGAAAACGAGUUUCAGAGACAGGUCUGGCUGCUGUUUGAGUACCCCGAGAGCUCUGGACCCGCGAGGGGCAUCGCAAUCGUCUCGGUGCUCGUCAUUUUGAUAUCAAUUGUCAUCUUUUGCUUGGAGACUUUACCAGAGUUUAGGGAGGACGGGAAAAAGUACGAGGAGCACCUCGCAUUCAAUGGAACUGCUAGUUCAAAGAAGCCCAAUCCAUUCACAGACCCCUUCUUUAUUGUGGAGACCCUUUGUAUAAUCUGGUUCUCCUUUGAAUUGCUCGUGAGGUUUCUCGCGUGCCCAAGCAAGCCCGCCUUCUUCAAGAAUAUCAUGAACACAAUUGACAUCGUGGCUAUUAUUCCCUACUUCAUCACCUUGGGUCUGGAGUUGGCCGAGCAUCAGGGCAACAGCCAGCAGGCGAUGUCUCUGGCCAUCCUGAGGGUCAUUCGUUUGGUGCGGGUGUUCCGCAUAUUCAAGCUUUCCAGACACUCGAAGGGGCUUCAGAUCUUGGGCAAGACCCUGCAAGCGAGCAUGCGAGAACUGGGUCUCCUCAUAUUCUUCCUUUUCAUUGGAGUAAUACUGUUCUCCAGCGCCGUGUACUUCGCCGAGACAGACGACCCCGACUCGGGGUUCAGCAGCAUCCCCGAAGCCUUCUGGUGGGCAGUGGUUUCCAUGACAACUGUGGGCUACGGGGACAUGUGCCCAGUCACCAUCGGUGGCAAAAUAGUGGGCUCCUUAUGUGCCAUCGCUGGUGUGCUCACCAUUGCGCUUCCAGUGCCCGUCAUCGUGUCCAAUUUCAAUUACUUCUAUCACAGGGAGACCGAGCACGAGGAGCAGAUGCAGUACACGCAUGUAACGUGUGGCCAGCAGCAACCCCCGUUUGGUGAAUUUAAAAGGAGUGACAGCAAAGCGUCCCUUUCUAAAUCAGACUAUUUGGAUUCAGAGGAUGGAGAGUACACCAACUGCAGCCCCCAUAAAGCAUACACAGGGAAGCUUACUGAUGUAUGAAUGUAGAACGUCAACAAUUAUAAACCCAAAGAAGCGCACCUUUCUCUCGUUGAGAGGGGAUCAUGAAUUCAGCACAAAAAGGGAUUCAUUAUGACGUCACUGUGAGAAAGGAAAAUCUCAUCUGCCUAUUGGCUGCACUAGGAUAAUCAACGCCUGCAAUGUCAGUAAUGGACUAACUGAAAAUGGAAAUAAUUAAACAGAUUUGCGGACACACAUCAUCAAGUUUUUUUUUAAAUUGGAUUUUCACAUUAACAAGAAGAGUUCAGACAGGAAGAGGUACAGUCAUUAAAAUGGACUUCCUGGCCUUCAGAUCUGCAUAUACAUGCAGCACAAUAUCGUCAAGGCAAUAUGAACCUUCACCAGUGCAGCAGUACGUGGGACAAAACAAACUUCAUUUAAACCACAUUCACUUGUUCCUAUCAAAGGAAUUAUGCACAGUGUCUCAAAAGGAAUCAUAUGGUCAAAUGUGGAAUCUAACCAUGAGGAAAUAGGACAACGUGGUGAAGAUAAAGAAGAUGUUUUGAAGCACACUGAGGUAGAAACUAUUUACUUGAAAUCACAGAGUACAUGCACAAACAAUUUGUGAGGUGCAUCUUGAUGUUUAUCUGCCCCUAAAACAACAACAUGCUACUGGGACAGGUGUGUGUGAGUAUGUACACGUAAAUAUGUGUCUUCAGACCAGCAGUGUCAUGUUUAAACGUUACAGAUCAUGUGCUAUACCAAAACAUAUUAUGGCAUGCAUGGAAAGUUGGGCAUGGAAUAAAUCUUGAUUAUUAUG